AACGCUCUGUGGUGUCCAACAGGGUGCAGACGACGGGGCUGGGCGGCAUGAAGCCCAACACGGUGAUCCUGGGCUGGCCCUACUCGUGGAGGCACUCUGAGGAGGACGGCUCGUGGCAGCUCUUCCUCAAGACGGUGCGCACCGUGACCGCGGCGCGCAUGGCGCUGCUCGUCCCCAAGGGCAUCAACUUCUUCCCCGACUCCACCGAGAAGGUGACGGGCAACAUCGACGUCUGGUGGAUCGUCCACGACGGCGGCCUGCUCAUGCUGCUGCCGUUCCUGCUCAAGCAGCACCGCACCUGGAAGAACUGCAAGAUGCGCAUCUUCACGGUGGCGCAGCUCGAGGACAACUCGAUCCAGAUGAAGAAGGACCUCAAGACGUUCCUGUACCACCUGCGGAUAGACGCCGAGGUGGAGGUGGUCGAGAUGACGGAUAGCGACAUCUCGGAGUACACGUACGAGAGGACCCUGAUGAUGGAGCAGCGCAACGCCAUGCUGAGGGACCUGCAGCUCAGCAAGAAGGAGAGCCUGGGCGUGGUCCACUCACUUGUAGACUUCAACGAAGAUCCGUCCGAGGAAAAUCAGCCACUGGUCCAGUCCAUAGUGGACCUGCACCGCAACAACGUGGACGCCAAGACCUCCACCAAGGUGCGCUUCCAGGAACCGCAGGCCGACGACGAGGGAGCCGACACCCAGGAUGAGGGAGACGACUCCAGAGGAGACAAACCUAGCAAGGAUACCAAGGACGGUUCUGCGCCGCCAAAACGUGUUCCACUUUCUCUGGACCAAGGCAACGUCAGGCGGAUGCACACGGCCGUCAAGCUCAACGAGGUGAUCGUCAACAAGUCCCACGAGGCCCAGCUCGUCAUCAUCAACCUCCCAGGACCGCCCAGAGAGACCUCCAUCGACAAGGAGGCCAACUAUAUGGAAUUCUUGGAAGUGUUGACAGAAGGCCUGGAGAAGGUCCUUAUGGUGCGAGGCGGAGGCCGAGAAGUAAUCACCAUCUACUCAUGAGUCAUUCUUCGUCUCUUCUUAUCUAUGUCUGAAGUGAUUCAUUCCAUGGUGAUGCUUUCAUUUUUUUUAAGAACCUAGUUUGUGAUUUUGAAUACUCUCACAAUAAGCCAAAGAGAAUGCAUAUAUAUAUGUGGGUACUGUGGCAGGGAAUAUGUGUGGUCAGAACAUACAGUAUGAAGUAAGGCACUAGACGGGGACCACUGUGGUGCCAGUCUACUGUCAAUUGAUAUCUAAGUUAGAACUGACUCCUUAGUAGUUUCAUUUAAUUUGGUCACAACUUUUCUGGAUGUGUUAUGGACGUAGCUCUCUGUUGUGUUCAACACAAUUUGCCAAGGCCUAACAUAACUGGGCGAGAGGCCCAGCAAAUGAAGAUGAUGCGCCACUGUUGUCACUAGUUUUAGUAUACAUCAAAAAGCAUGCUGUGAAAAUGUGACGGGAUUAACCCAUUACUGAUUUAUUUUUAUCACAUCUGAUUCAUCUAGAUAAAUUAUAGGAUAUUUUCCUUCCUCUCU